UAUAAAUCAGUUUAAUGCCCGAAAUUCCCAUUCGCCACUCCUAUAAAUAUCGCCGCUUUUAUACCUCGCAAUCUUCUCCCAACAGGCUCCGGAAGAGCUCCUCUCAGAUUUAUAUCGGCAAUUGAUUCUUCUGAAUACGGAUCUGUGGAUUCUGUGCGAUCGAUUUAGUAGUUACGAAUUGAAAUUUGGAAUUAUAGAUUAGGGCAGAGGGUUUCUGCAUUCUGGAUCAGUAGCUGUUUUAUGACACUGGCUACCUGAUACCUGAUGGGUCGUAUUAGACUUCUCCAUUCUCUAUCAGUGGUGUUCCUCUACUGGUUUUACGUGUUUUCCCGAAUUGGCCUGUGAGCAUUUGAAACCCUAGUUUGACGGGAUUGAAGAUAUAUCUGUCCAUCUGUCAAACGCCUGAGGUUUCCGCGAAGCUGUUUAGGGUUAACGCGAAGGUAGUGUAGCUCUGCACAUUUUUUUGGGGGAAUGGCAUCAAAUCAACCGAUGAAAGUAGCACAGUCUGUUGAGAGCGAUGAGAGGAAGAGGAAGCGGAAACAGUCUAACCGCGAAUCUGCGCGGAGGUCCCGAUUGAGGAAGCAACAACGCUUGGAUGAGCUAAUUUCUCAGGAGAGCCAGAUACAGGAGGAAAACAAGAAGCUGAGGCAUAUGAUCGACGAUGCCUCUGAAAACUACAUUAAAUUUGCUUCUGAUAACAAUGUGCUGAGGGCUCAGGUGCUGGAGUUGACCGAACGUCUUCGAUCCCUCAAUUCUGUACUGUCAAUUGCAUCCGAGGUUAGCGGCCUGGCCGUUGAUAUUCCCGAUAUCCCCGAGACAUUACUUGAACCUUGGCAGCUUCCUUGCCCGGCUCAACCAAUCACCGCCCCUGCGUUCCAGUGUUGAGAAAUGGAUCCUUGAACUUGAAGAGAGGUGUUGCAGAGUUUCCGGUAGCGGCGGCCUUAGGCACUAUGAUCCUCUUGGUCUACCUUUAAGGAUGUUAAAUUAAUUGGAUUUCUUGUAUUGUCCUAUGAACUGCUCCAUGUACUUAGCAAAUGAUUGUGGUCUGUAGAUGUACUAUUUGUGUGAAAUAAAGCAGUGCUUCAUUCA